GAAAAAACUAUAGAAUAUUUUUCUUUUAAAUAAAAAUUUAAGAUAUAUAUGUUUUCCAAAUAAAAAAGUUAUUUUAUGCAUCAUGAAUGUGAUAAAGACUAUUAUGAUACAGAUAUCACUGAGUAUAUUAAAUGGGAUUACAAUACUUUUCACUUAAGAUGAAGAAGGCAAACACGUGUUCGCAAUUGAUUUAAAUUUCGGCCUUGUAGCUCAGCUGCUAAGUGGCUGUUUCCUAUUACAUUCCAGAUGCAAAGUAUCUUCAUUUACACAGACGAUCUAUUUUAGAUUAAAACUAUGCCAAGGAUGUUCAUGGAAAAAUUAUUCAUAAGUUUAAAUCUAUCAAUUUAAAUUACUCACGCGAUUUCACGAAAUAAAUGGAAGAUCGACUUUUAUCUAUUACCUGCAACGCCCUGAUAAGAUGGAUAAUGAGAUAUAUAUCAAGUGUAUUCAGUUCACCAGUAUCGUCAGUUACACGUUGAUCUUGAAACAAUACUCAUCAUGGUUCGCGAUCGCUUGCCGGAUUUAUGUGCCUCUCGUAAUAGCAGUACUACGUUCGGCAGGGGAUUUUUGCAAGAUGUUCAUAUUCAAAUAGCACAAAAUAAAAAAUUAAAAGAAGUGCUAAUGGAAGUUGAAGAAGUACGUGAUUUAAUACAAUUGCUUAUGGAAAAUAUAUCCAUUGUUAAGGAUUUGCAUAAUAAUGUUUUAUCGCACACAAGCAAAGACUUGCAAAAAGAACUUGAAACUCGUACACAAAUCAUCUCACAAACAGCUUUUCACAUCCAACAAAAAUUACGAGGUAUGAAGGAAAAUAUAGCUGCUACAGAUUCUUUUAAUACAGAUAAUAUAAAGGAAAAUCCUGCUCAUAUACGAAUCAAACGAUUACAAUAUGCAACUAUGUUAAAGAUGUUUUCAGAUAUUAUGGAGGAUUAUAAUGCAUCAUUAUUAAGAUAUCAUGACAAAUGUUUACAGCUUUUGCAACAACAGAGAAUGUUAAUAAAGAAACAUACAGCAUAUGAGAUAGAUGAACCAGAUAGCGUACAUGAAAAUAACAUAUUUGUAGAUAAUAUCCUAGAAGACAGCAAAAUCACCAAAGAGCAAUUGUCUGCUAUAGAAGUACGACAUAAUGAAGUUUUGAAAUUAGAAAAAUCUAUUCAUGAUAUUAAAGAUAUGUUUACUGAAACAGCUUUCCUUAUUGAAAAACAAGGUGAGCAGAUAAACAGUGUAGAAUAUUUUGCAAAAAAUACUACAGAUGAUGUUGAAAGUGGUAAAAAAAGUCUUAAAAAAGCAGAAAAAAGGAGUGAUAGACUUAAAAAAAGAAAAAUAAAGAUUAUCAUUAUUGUUGGGAUAAUAAUAUUUUUUAUUCUACUAAUUAUCUUAUUUCUCAAUUAAUCUCUU